AUGUGCGAUGAGGAUGCCGACACGGCAUUUGAGACGGAGCUUGUCUGUGUUGCCGUGGUCAUAGCUAAGGGUAAUGCAACUGUAUACGCGAAGGGCUUUGACGAAGGCAGUAACGGGGCGAUCGAAGAAGGCUUCGUAAGGGCUGAGACGCUUGGAAUUGGAGGCACGGGGGGAGAUGUUGCGGUUGUGGGAUACAUGGGAUUUGGCCUCAGCCCACAUGUGUUCCUGAUAUUCAAGGCCGGUGCAGCGUUCAAAGAAGCGAAUAGUCUAUGCAUGACCACCGUAGCUCUGUUCAAAUUUCCCUUCAAGAUCGACCUGCCAUUCGGUGCCGAUGGCAGGGAGGGUGCGGGGCUUGUUGCUGACGGAAAGUUUGUGCAUUUUUCCAGUGGCACAUGCGACGCAAGAUUACGCGAGGGAACCUGUGUGAAGGAGACUAACGUCGAUGGCGGUCUGGAGAGCUGCAGGGAUGGGGACGGCAUGAGCCUGAAGACCGAAGAUGGCGACACCAGUAUAGAGCCAGUUGGGAGUGGUGACAAAGUCUUGAGUGCCGUCUGGUUGGCGGCGGAGAAACAACAUGAGAGCGGGCCACCAAGCAGCUUUAGGUUUGACAGGAAACAGCCAGAUCAUGCGGCCUUGGUCGCGUUCGAAUUUGGCGGUACCGCGUGGGAAGUCUUUCCAGGGGAGGUUGCCGUAGAGGCCCUUGGUGGGGACUUGGUGGUUGUGCUGAGUAUCGAACAUGUCGAUGUCAACGGGACCGAAGACCUGUGUGACGUGCUUGUCGAAGAGUGUGGGGUGGAGUUGAUAGUCGUCGCAGUAGGUAAGCGGUGGAGGGAUGGGGGUAUUGUGGGUGUGGGCGAUGGCUUUAAUCGUACGGAUGGAUUGAUGGCCAAAGCGGGCAUGAUGGAGGUUGAGGUUGUCCGUUUGGAAGGCAUUCAGAUGGUAGCGACCGGCAGACUCGUCGAUGACGGUGACGGUGGUGCCAUUGCGUGUGAUGAGGCAUUGGGCAAGUCCAUCGGGGGAAAGGGUAUUGGCAAAGGAGAUG